AUGUUCCGCACCCAGAUCGUCCGCCAGGCCCGCCUCUUCAGCACCUCCCCCAUCGCUCGCAAGAGCCCCGUCGAGGCCGUCAAGGAUGCCGCGAAGGCUGUGGACCGCACGAUCUCUGGUGCAGCCGUGAAGGGCAUUGAGAAGGGUGAGCAAGUCGCCGAGAAGGUCAAGCAGGCGACCCCCGAGACCAAGGGCGAGGCCAAGGGCCAGGCCAACGAGCUGGCCGGACAGGCAAAGGGCAAGGCGUCCGAACUCGCUGGCGAGGCCAAGGGCAAGGCACAGGAGCUCAAGGGCGAGGCCAAGGCCAAAACAAACCAGAUCUAG